AUGCGCAAAAGCGAGAUCAACCAGGAUCCUAGGUUCUUACCCAAUAUCACCCUGGGCUACAACCUCUAUGAGAACCAUUAUGAUGCAAGAAUGACUUCCGAUGCCAUGCUAGAACUGCUUGCAGUGGCCUUCUUCCCGCAACCGGAUUCAGAACGACCACAAGCACAGACUCCUCAGCCCCAUCGUGGCCGCUCCUGCCCAUCGGCACCACGCUGCUCCUUUCCAGAGCAGGGGAACCGGCUGAGGCUAGCAACCGCUGACGAGACAGUGCCCAUGCGGCAUGGCAGCCUCAGAGCCAGUUCCCCUGCUAUGAUAAAUGAAGGCGGUCUGUAUUUAGAUAAGAAUGGGGAGCUGCCUGUCAACUACAAUAUUGAGAACUGGGUGAUGUUUCCUAAUAAGUCUCGUGUUAGAGUGAAAAUUGGAAGUAUUGAUAGAGAGGCAUCAACUGACAUAAAGUUCACAAUUAACCCGGAAGCUAUUGUAUGGCCCAAGCAUUUUAACAAGAUGGUGCCUCGCUCCAGGUGUACUGAAAGCUGCCUCCCUGGAUACAAGAAGGUGAUUCAAGAAGGAGAGCCGGUUUGCUGCUAUGCUUGUGCCCCGUGUGUGGAAGGGACCAUCUCCACUCAGGAAGAUGCAGGGCAUUGUAGCAAAUGUCCAGAAGAUCAACAUCCAAACAAGAAUCGAGAUCAGUGUGUCCCCAAGAUUAUUACCUUCCUGUCCUAUGAAGAAUCUCUGGGGAUCCUCCUGGCUUCCUUUGCCCUAUUCUUGUCCUUAACUACAGGCUUUGUUUUAGGAAUCUUCAUUAAAUUCCUAGAAACUCCAAUAGUCAAAGCCAACAACAGGGACCUCUCCUACAUUCUCCUCGUCUCCCUCCUGCUUUCCUUUUUGUCCUCCUUCCUCUUCAUCGGCCAGCCAAGGAAAGCAACCUGCCUUCUCCGACAAACAGUUUUCAGCAUCAUCUUCUCCAUUGCUGUCUCUUCUGUGUUGGCAAAAACCAUCACUGUGGUGCUCGCCUUCCUGGCCACAAAGCCAGGGAACAGGGUGAGGAGAUGGCUAGGGAAGAGUCUGGCUAACUCCAUUGUCAUUUCCUGUUCCAGUGUCCAAGUUGUCAUCUGCAUCAUCUGGCUGGGGAUCUCUCCCCCAUUUCCAGACUCUGACAUGCACUCCCAAUCUGGAGAAAUCAUCAUGCAAUGCAACCAAGGGUCUACUGCCAUGUUUUAUGGUGCUCUUGGCUACAUGGGCUUCCUGGCUGCCAUCUGCUUCAUGGUAGCUUUCCUCGCCAGGAAGCUUCCUGGGGCCUUCAAUGAAGCCAAGCUGAUCACCUUCAGCAUGCUGGUCUUCUGCAGUGUUUGGGUCUCCUUUGUGCCCACUUACCUGAGCACGAAGGGGAAAUACAUGGUGGCUGUGCAAGUCUUCUCCACCUUGGCCUCCAGUGCUGGGCUUCUGGGCUGCAUCUUUAUUCCCAAGUGCUACAUUAUUGUCCGCAGGCCUGAUCUGAAUACAAAGGAGUAUCUAACAACAAAAACUUUUUGA